AUGUAUAAAGAUUUUAAACUAUAUAUUACGAAGAAGGCGUAUGUGCUUGCACCAACUACAGGACCUAACUUGACUGUUCAUCGCGACUCGGGCUUGAUUGAGUUAUCUGAAACUGUACCUCCUACCAGUGAACAAGAAAGUACCUUGAACGUAUACGGUCUUUUAGGUUUUAUCAAACUCUGGGCUGGUGAUUAUAUGUUAACUAUCACCAAACGUGAACAAAUUGGUACGAUUUAUGGUAAGGCUAUUUAUCGCGUAGGGGCCUUCCAAAUUUUGCCUUUAGCCGAAAAUUUGAGCAGUUUGAAUGAAAACCAGAGAGUGCAAGAACAAGAGUUUGUUGAUCUUCUUGAAAGCCAUCUUAAAAACAAUACCUUCUACUAUUCUUAUGAUUAUGAUUUGACUCAGUCGAUCCAAAGACAGAACCAAUUUAGUUCUGAGAAAUUAGCCGAACCUUUGUAUAAGAAAGCUGAUGAACGAUUCUUCUGGAAUCGAUUUGUAUCUUCUAAGUUAAUUGACGCCAGUAUCGACGUUUCAAACUUCAUUUUACCCGUUAUGCAAGGAUUCGUUGAAUUCAAUACCUGUAAAAUUAACAACAAAAAUUUUGUUUGGGGUUUAAUUACACGUAGAAGUAGACACCGUCCUGGAACUCGUUUUUUCUCACGUGGUAUCGAUGCUGAAGGUCAUGUAUCAAACUUUGUGGAAACUGAGCAAUUGGUUUUGUACGACGGCCCAUCUGCAAGCCAGUCUGUUGAGGGUAAAAUAGAGCUGUCCUAUGUUCAAACGAGAGGUUCAAUUCCUGUUUACUGGGCUCAAGUGAUCAACCUUAAAUACACUCCUCGCCUUUGGAUUGGUGAGAGCAGAAAAAGCCUAGCUGCCGCACGUGCUCAUUUCGACGAACAAAUCCGUAUUUAUGGCCCACAAAUCUUGGUCAAUUUAAUCAAUAAAAAGGGUUACGAGCUUCCAAUGGGCCAAGCAUUUGCCCGUACUGUGGAACAAUUGAAUGAUCCCCGCAUCUACUACACGCACUUUGAUUUCCAUUCCGAAUGUUCCAAGAUGCGUUGGCACAGAAUUCAACUUUUGGUAGACCAAUUGAAAGAAAAGCUGAUUGAACAAGGUUACACUUAUGUCAAAACCACUGAAAAUGGCCCUGUUGUGGUAAAGACUCAAACCUCUGUUGUUCGUACGAAUUGUAUGGAUUGUUUGGAUAGAACCAAUGUUGUUCAAAGCACACUCGCAAGAUGGGUUUUGACGGAACAACUUCGUGAAGUUGGUAUUCUGGAACAAAAUCAAAAGGUGGAAGAUCAAGAGGAUUUCAUGAUUAGCUACAGAAACACUUGGGCUGAUAAUGCUGAUGGUGUUAGUUGUGUUUAUUCUGGUACAGGCGCCCUUAAGACCGAUUUUACUAGAACUGGUCAACGUACCAAAGCAGGUGCUUUGAACGAUUUAUCAAACUCGAUCACUCGAUACGUCAAGAAUAACUUUUUAGAUGGAAACCGACAAGAUUCAUUUGAUCUCUUUCUUGGAAGAUAUCGUCUUGAAAACGAUACCUCCGCCAAAACACAUAACCCUUUUGACGAGAGUAAAGCUCUCCGUGUCCGUGUUGUGCCCUAUAUCCUUUUAUUUGCACUCUUUAUGCUUAUUUUGAACAUUGUUCGACCUGGAUAUUCUGGAUUCCAAUCUGUCUCUUCGUAUCUUCUUUUACUUUUAUUCUGGGUUUCCGUCUUAAUUUCAGGUGUUCGAUUUGCCCUUCAACAUGGUAGUGAGUUUGUUCAAUGGCCUCAUUUAGUUAAGCUUCCUCCUACCGAUGAUGUUUGUGAAGCAGGCGGUUUUACAGAAAAGGGUAAUAUGUCUCCUCCCGAAUUUGCCGAAAAGCGUCCCCUUUAAAUCAUACAUGCUAUACAAGACAAGUUAUGAGUGCACCCCCAGAAUAAAAAAAUAAUUUAUUUUACAUGCAUAAUCUACGGACGAAAUGAAAAACGAAAAAUAUUUUUCUAUUAUAUGGGUCUGCCGUUAAAGCAAUAAUGAAGAUUUGUUACUAAAACUAUCUUAAAGGACACCGACAAAUGUAGCAUUUGCAAUUUAAAAGGUUGCUACUUGGAUUAAAGUUUAAGUUGUUUUAUG